CUUUUGGAGUUACUACAAUAAUUGAAAAUCCUGACUAAUUAUGAAGCAUAGUGUUCUGCUGACUCAGAACAAAUCUCCUUCAACAGUAGGCUAAUGUUUUAAUGUCAUUGUUUAUCAAAUGGGUGGAGGUUGAUCUGUAAUAAUAUUGCCACCGCAACAACCUAUUAUGUUCACAACUUCUUUUUUCCUCUACCACCCAAGUUUUAUUUUUUUCUGUCUGGUCUGACUGGGUGUGCCUCUCCUCUGUAACAUGAGAGCCACAUGACCAAUAGGAAGACAAACAGUCUGGAAGUUAGUGUAUUUCUUCCGCAAACUUUUUAAGUUUUUGCUGUGUUGUAAGAGGAACAAGAAGGCAGGCCGCAGUCCACCAACACUGGAACAGAACUAAUCAGUCUGAGAUACAGCAUCAGCAAAGAUGGCAAGCCAGCUACAGCAGCUUGUAGCGGACAAAAAGGAUAUGGUGGAGACUGUGAUGGAAUUGUUUGAACAGGGAGCUGAAGUGGUGGCCAGUAUCGCCGGCGACCUUUUCCCCAUUUUCUCCAUCGCUGCUCCAAUUGUUAAACUGGCUCUGGAUAAUGUGGAAAGCAAAGAGGCUGCGUUCAUGAAAGAGCAGUUUCAGAAGGUGCGAGAGCGUCUGGAGGUGGUCUCAGAGGAGAUUCAGCGGAUCAACGAUGAGAUCAAGAAGAGCGGGUUGGAUGCCGUGUAUUUCCCAGUGGAGGAGAACAUCACUAACCAGUUCAGGAAGUACAUGGACAUCCUCAACGCCAAACCCAAGUUCCGGGAGGUCAAGAAGAAACUUUUCUUGGAGCAUUUUGCCAAGACCGGGGGUGACAAAAACCUUAUCACCCUCUACAACUCUGUGACGGGAGAUAACUUCUCUGGGGAAUCUGUGCUGGAGAUCACCCUGAACUACGAAGAGAAAAGUCGCCGGCCGGUGGAGGACUUCUGCGCCAGGCUGAAGAAGCUCUUCUGCAUCGGGCUCAUCGCACUUCUGGGCCACGCCGCUCUGAAGGGAUACGAUGAGGAGGACGCGCUUCUGAAAGACUGGGGUGAGAAGAUGAAUACUGUCCAGAAUAAAAUGAAUGUUGUCAUUGAAGACUGCAUCGUCAGCUUCCCCAAGCAGGCUGAGAUAGAUUCCCGUCGCCUGGUGAGAGACGAGUCAAACUUAACCAACCAGCAGCUAGCUGAUGCUAUCAUAGAGAAACUCAAGAAGAAGUAUGACUGGGUUGGCUGGUCUGUGCGUAUAUUUAAGACCCCUUCAGGCCUGUUCGCCAACAAGAAGGAUUACCACUGCCCGACAGGGAAGAGUCGCUUCCAGGUCCCUUCGUCAGAUGAGAAACUCAAUGUCUGGGUGUCCUACAGCUCCUCCCCUGAGCCUGUGGAUAAGAAUCACAUCCAGCAGCUGAUCCAGAGUCAGAAGAAAGUCUCGGUGGUCAAUGUAGCUGAGGACCUGUUUGAGAAGUUGCCCGGCCACUGCAUGGUCCACACGGUCAAAACCAGCAAAGACCUGGCCUGCUCCUGGAGCUUCACAGAUGAGCUCCACUACUGGGAGGAGCACAAAAACAUCUACGUCUGCGCUCACUCUGCUUGAAGUUUUAAGACGCUGAAAAAACUCUCAAAAGUCAUUCUAUGAUUGUAGGUUGCUUCAUAUUUACACGGAUAAUCACGGAGUUGAUUGCUGCCUCCCUGCUUGGCCUCAGCAGUGAAAUACUACACAGUAUAUUCCUUAAUUGAAUUAAUAGUCGUUUUUUACAGAAUUAUUCCCUUUUUCUAAGAGUGUUUACUGUUACAGUAGCUUCUUGCCGUUGUGAAGGUGCAUCAUGUCAAGUCAAGUCAAUUUUAUUUAAAUAGCCCAAUAUCACAAAUCGCAAAGUUCCCUUAAGGGGCUUUACAAUCUGUGCAGCAUACGACCCCCCUAUGUCCUUAGACCCUCAAUUUGGAUAAGCAAAAAAAAACUUUAAUGGGAUAAAAAAAAGCAAGACAUCUCAGAAGGGAUCCCUCUUCCAGGAUGGAAAGACAUGCAAUAUAUUGUGUGUGUGUGUGUGUGUGUGUGUGUGUGUGUGUGUGUGUGUGUGUGUGUGUGUGUGUGUGUGUGUGUGUGUGUGUGUGUGUGUGUGUGUGUGUGUGUGUGUGUGUGUGUGUGUGUGUGUGUGUGUGUGUACUUUCCACAAGAAAGUAGCAUAAACUUGAUUCUUUAACUAAGAAUAAUGACCUUUUUCAUCCCAUGCAGCUGGGCUUUGUUUAUUUCUCGGAACAGACAGAAGAGCUUUGCCCUUUUGUUUAGGCUUUAUUCUAUCACAGUGUCUCCUCUUUUUGUAAUGAAAUUGGUAAAUAGUUUAACAUAAUUUGUUGCUGAAAAAUAGUGGUAUAAGAUCAACAAUUGUGUUUUUACAUUUGCCGUAAAUGUUAGGAGGACAGGGUUGUUUUGUUUUGGGAAAGUUGUCGAUUAAGAAUUCAGCUGUCAUACGGAGAUUAUGUGCUGCUGGUAGAGAUAAGCGGUGACCUCGCCCUGUUGAGGACACAUACACCAAAGCUAUGAGAGAAAAAUGCCUGACUCCAGAGUCUGUGACAGAAACCUUCAUUUUGAUUUCACUUCUUGUACUCAUCUGACAAAAAUAACAAACCUUGUUACUGGUUGCUGUACGGCACAAACACAGCACAAGAGACAAGGCCUCAAACAGCAUUUGCUGUGGUGACCCUGCCCUGAACAUGCCGAGGCGUAGUGACAGCAGCACUUUGUUUACAUACAGAUGCCUAGCAUAGCUAUUCUUGUGUCACGUCUUCACCUGUGUGGUUGUGCAACACAUACUGGAAAGUUGUACCUGCUCAGUGGUUGAGGAUUUACUUCUAUAUAGAAAUAAAUUGUUGAAUUUUGGACAAUAUAAACUGUGGGUCUGGGAUCUUUUGUUUAUUUCUGGAGAUUUUGAUCAAAAUUUGUAUAAUUUGACCAUGAUCAACACUACUUUGUAAGAACUGCAGUAUGUCAUGGAGACACUGCCGCUAGACACCACUGUUUUGUUUUAGAUCAUUUGUUCUUUAUCGUAAACCGCUGUAAUUUGUGUUUCUUCUUUGUUUGUGUGUUGUUUAAAUGUUGUUAUCACCUUUAAGUUAAAUACAUUUCUUUCUUUGAAUUUCUUUUAUUAUUUGACCAAAACAAGCAACAUAUUUACUGUAGAAUUAUUGAUUAAAUCUUUUUUUUUGUAUCUCGCACUCUUUUAGAUAUUUCUAUUUCCAUACUUUAUAUUUGGGUUUUCAGUGUCUUAGAUUCAAAAUCCUGUUGGUAAACCGAAGCAAUGAUGGUAUUAAAUCUUCCAAAUAAACUCAUACAUACACCA